AAAACAAAAUUGCAUCCUCUCCAAACCCAUCGCAUCGUUUGCCUAGCCUACUGUGCGUAAAGCAGGUCACACACCUGCCCCGAACCAACACCGAACUGCGAUCCUUUCUUCCCACGUCUAAUUUUCGAUUGGACAACUUUCUCCCACGUGUGUUGGCCGGAGAUGCUUAAAUAUGCCCCCAGAGAGCAAAUUAUUGUACUCGUGGUUUAGUAUUAUGAAUUGCUUCUUGAUACGGACCUAUUAAAAGAACUAACUGCCUGCCACAGGAUGACAUCGUUAAUCGGAGGACUCGUCUGUUGUAUUUCCUUCCUUGCCCUGGAAGUCCAAGCAACAUACCGACUUCAUGGAGGAUACCAUCCUCGGCAGCAUCAGGCAGACAGCCCUAUCGUGCCAGGGCGAACGUUUCAGCAGGGCUUCCAACAGCAACAACCAUUUCAGAGUGUUCAGCAACCAGCUCAGUUGUCUCAGAAUCAAAGAACUAUUGACUUGGGAGAAACCCACUGCAAAAGCCGCCCCCUAGAUCUGGUGUUCAUCAUCGACAGCUCCCGUAGCGUACGCCCCCAAGAAUUUGAGAAGGUCAAAAUAUUCUUGGCUGACAUGGUCGACACCCUUGAGAUUGGCGCAGACGCCACACGGGUGGCCGUUGUGAACUACGCUAGCACAGUGAAGAUUGAGUUCCUGCUCAAGACGCACUUCGACAAGCCGGGCCUGAAAGCAGCGUUGGCGCGCAUCGAAUCCUUAGCGGCUGGCACCAUGACUGGACUAGCCAUCAAGACGGCCAUGGAGGAGACCUUCACCGAGGGAUCGGGCGCCCGGCUAACCAACAAGAACAUCGCCAAGGUGGCCAUCAUCGUGACGGACGGGCGGCCCCAGGACACGGUGGAGGAGGUUGCUGCGGCGGCGAGGGCGGCAGGCAUCGAGAUCUACGCAGUCGGGGUGGACAGGGCGGACAUGAAGUCCCUGCGUCUCAUGGCCAGUCUGCCAUUGGACGAACACGUGUUCUACGUGGAGACCUACGGCGUCAUCGAGAAGCUCACGUCCAAGUUCAGGGAAACGCUGUGUGGUGUGGACGCCUGUGCCCUGGGACACGACUGCGACCACAUAUGUGUCAACAACAACAACAACAACUCGUACGCCUGCAAGUGUCGGGAAGGCUAUACACUGAAUGCAGACAAAAAAACAUGCUCACCAGGUUCUUUGCAAAACCAAAACCAAAAUCAAAACCAGAACCAAAACCAAAACCAAAAUGGAUCAGGUUCCAACGAGGACGCGAAUGAGAUGAGUGGGAAUGAGCUGAGUGAAGACGCCUGUAUGUGUGAGGCUCAGAUUGCGUUCCAGAUGAAGAUGCAGUCCACCAUAAAGCAGCUGACCAACAAACUUGAUGACCUAUCGAGGAAAGUGACCCAGUUUGGAGGCAGGCGUUGAUUCUAAAGAAGAGGACGCUGCAAAGAGACCAUUCAGAGCUCACCCAGUUAACCUCAAUCUAAAGUGGCUGUUUAGUUUUCUUCUUUUAUCGACAACAGUCCAUUUUGGAGUCAUCGUACUGUAUAACCUCCCUCAAUAUGUGGUGUUUUUUUAGAUCUAAAACAAUGUAUAUAAAAAUUGAACAAUAAUGUUCAAUUUGCUCACAACAGAUGUCCCCAUUUCAUUUUUAAAGCUAGGAACAAAGACCAAAGUUGACUUUUUUGUUUUGCACAAUAUUUGUCUCCCCGUGGUGGCACCUUUCCAGUUGAACAACAUUCCAUCUUCCACCACAUCAGCUAUAAUAAAGAGGAAGCAAUAGAGGCUCUGUCACUGACCAGUGAUUUGUUUUCUUAUUGUGGUGCAGGAUAAAUGAAAGACAAGACACACGGAAUGUCAUUUCUGUCAAUAUAUGGUGUUCUAUUUUCUAGUGUUCUAUUUUGGAUAUUUGUACAAAUGUACACAUUAAAUACAUAUUUUGAACAAAUCUCAUUAA